ACACAUUCCACAUUCAGUGUGUUUGCGAGCUGAGAGCUUCAUGUAUGGUGGCAAAGAGAAAUGGGUAACCUGAAUUGUUUGGGAGUACGUCUCACCCAGAAGGCGAGAAGAAACAUCCCUCAAAUGUCAAGAGCAUCAAGAACCAGCUGGAUGAAGAGAGUUUGUUGGCCACAUAAUAGGGUGCACCCUACAACUGACUCAACUGAAGAGCUCCCUGAAGACCAGCCUGAGGGGCUAUCAGUUUCAACGUUGGAGGGAGAGGCUCUGCCCAACUCUGAAGCACGUGAACAAGCCAGUGAACAUGUUCCUCAAGAGGACAUGGUGGUGGAGCUGCCCCAGGACUGGGCUGAAGACGAGCCUCUGAGGACUGUGGACGAAUCCAGGGAAGCCUGUGAACACGCUCCCCAGGAGCACCUCGUGGUGGAACUGCCCCAGGCCGGGGCUGAGGAAUCGCCUCUCCGACCCCUGGAGGCAGCUGGAGCAGCCAAUGAACAUGUUCCUCAAGAGGACAUGGUGGUGGAGCUGCCCCAGGACUGGGCUGAAGACGAGCCUCUGAGGACUGUGGACGAAUCUGGGGAAGCCUGCGAACACGCUCCCCAGGAGCACCUCGUGGUGGAACUGCCCCAGGCCGGGGCUGAGGAAUCGCCUCUCCGACCCCUGGAGGCAGCUGGAGCAGCCAAUGAACAUG